GCAGAGACUAAGAAGUGACCCUGGAGUAUUUGUGGCACUUUCAGCAUGAUUCAACUGCAGAUAAGAUCAGGGGCCAAAUGAAUCACUUCACUUGACGCAAAGAAAGUGAGCUUCAUUCAGAAGUCGAAGUUGGAAGGAACAAGACUCACAAAUCGAAAGCACUUAUUGAAAAUUGCUGAAAAAUAAAGUGGAGCUUUUGUCAAGGUGGAUGAUAAUCCUGAACAGAAUUAAGAACGGCAUGGCACACUUUUGCUGGUAUCACAAAUUGGUAUUUUUGCUGUUGAUGUUGUGCUGCAACUUUACGCGGCCAGCCCCUGUUCCUGCCCCAGCACCCGCUCCCGCUCGACAGAGUGAGCUCAUUGCGGGCAAUGAGUUUCUCAAACUGUUUCUGGACCAUGACGAACAACAGCGCAGCCUGCACAGCGAUGAGGAAUACGAUCUGGUUCGACCCGGUUCCGGUCGGGCACGCAGUCUGGAGCACAAGACCCGUUAUCGCAAUGCGAACGGACAACUGCAGAUGGAUGCGGAGGAGGGCAAACAGGUGGUCAAGCUGGUCACAACGGGCAGCAAAAUUGUCUUUCUCGAGGAUGCACCCAGAUCGGCCACAAAGCCCAAGGCCAGCAGCGAUGAGGUCAAGGUUGUGGCAGUUAGCGUCAGUUCAUCCAGUCGGCGUGGCAAUCGCAUUAGUCGCACCCAGGCACCGGCUUUUAAGAGCAUAGCUCACCGAAGCAGUGCACCCAGUGCAGCUGGCCGAGAUUUCGUCAAUCGUUCGCACAAAAGUGAACUCUCCAUUGAGGAGACGGAGCCACGCCUCGCUGCCGAUACAAUGGAUGUGGACGGUGAUUCCGUGAAUAGUGCCUCGAAUAUACAAAAUGUAUUGGCGGCGCCACUGCUCGCCGCAGCUGCCUCCAGUCGUUCCAGCUCGGUGGCGCCUCGACGAGCUAGCGGCGCUGGCGGAGCAGCAACAGCGACAACGUCAUCGCCAACUGCGAACGACACUCAUGAGAGCGAUGACAAAUUGCUGCCAUUCCAAACGGUCAUCUAUCACGACACCAAGUCCGGCCAUGGCCCCCAGUCAAGAUCAAUAUCCUACAGUUCCAUAUCACAGAAUGUGGAUGAUUGGCAUCCAUCAUCUGCGGAUGACAUCCUCGCCGAGGCACAACGCAAUGUCAGUGAUAGUUUAAAGCCCAUGGCUCGAAUUGCGUCGGAGCCAUCAAAAUUCUAUUCGAUACCAUCGAAAAUGUACAGUGUGCCCUCGAAAUACUAUUCGGAGCCGGCGAAGGUCUACUCCGAGCCAGCAAAAAUGUAUGGCCAGGUGGAGAAAGUGUAUUCGGAGCCAUCGAAAGUGUAUGGGCAACCCUCGAAAUUUUAUUCGGAGCCAGCGAAAGUUUAUUCGCAGCCCGCUAAGGUUUAUGGUGAGCCAGCAAAGACCUACUGGCCAACUGGCACUGGUUUUGGACACAGUCCGCUCAGCACGACCAGUUCACCCACAACAACAACAACAACAAUAAAAACAACAACGGCCGCAAUUGUGGCAGCAACAACAGCAGCGGCAGCAACAGCAGCAACAACUGUGCCACCGGGCUCUGCCCCAAGCACCUUUUUGCCCUCGCGUCGACCAGCAAUUGUGUCGCGGAUUGCAUUCGGUGAGGCUCAAACCACAACAACAACAACAACAACAGCAGCAACAACAACAGCAGCAGCGGCCACAGCAACAACAACAACAGGAAAGACAACAAGCAGAUCCAUGGCAAGCCAAACAGUAACAACCAGCAGGCCAAGCACUUGGCAGCAACAUUAUCAUAACGCUCAUAAUCAUCGUUUGCAACAACAACAACAUCAACAUCAGCAACAACAACAACAGCGUCGCGUACUCUUCAAUUUGGAUAAAUUACCUUAUGAUUUAUUGAAUGCACCGCAGCCAAUUUUAUCAAAGAGUCCAAGUCCAAGCGACUACCAGCAGCAACAUCAUCGUCCAUGUUGGGAGCAACAACAACAGCAACGGCAGCAUUCAUCACUGUCGCUUCAACAUUCUAAUCAAAAUGCCAAAGGAUUGCCCAACAACCGAGAUCUAGUCAAGUGUGUUUCCAAAUUUGCACACCACCAACAACAGCAACAGCAACAACAACAACAACAACAGCAUCAACAUCAUUAUCAUGGAUCGCCAGCAACAGCAUCCGGCAAUAGCGCCUAUUCAUACAGUUCCAGCUCGAGCAGCUCAUCAUCCUCGUCCUCUGCUGCGGCUGCUGCGGCUACUGCUGUUGGUGGUGCCUCCUCCUCAGCCAUAUUGCCACACUUUACAACUGAACGCGCCGAGCUAUAUACACCGACCCCCGAGCAGAAUUACGAAAUUGAAGAGUCCGUAAGUGUGAUGACAAACGGACGAGCCCAUGGACUGCAGCAGCAGCAGGGUGUUGGUGCAGCAGCAGCAUUGGUCACAGCAACAACGCCAGCCAGUCCAGCGACUACAACAACUGCAACAGCCACAACAACAACAAUGCAACGUGGUCGUAAUCGUGGCAUAGACCGGGGACGUGGCUCGGUGGUUUACAGCGGCAAAGCAAAUGCCAACGACUAUGAUGAUGACGAUGAUGAAGACGACUCUGCUGCUGCUGUUGUUACAGGUCGUGGUGGCUCCACUGCUGCUUCUGCUUCUGCUGCUGCUGAUGAGUCAGAUGAGGAGGAUAAGGUCGCCUAUGUGGUGGAGGGACGCAACUAUCGCAAAUAUCGCGUGGAGGAGAAAACCGAUGACGGGUUCAUCGUUGGCGAAUAUGGCGUUGUCGAUCACAACGAUGGCAAUUUGAGUGGAGUGCGUUACACAGCCGAUUCGACCAUUGAUCGCAGUUUGAUACAAAAGGCGUUGUUGGCAUUUCUGAAGCUCAAGUAGUUGCCCCGUUGCCUAGUUGCCCAGUUGCAGAGUCACCAGCUGCCCCAAGACAGAGCUUGGCCCAGCUGCAGCUUGCCCCAGCUGCUUGCCACACAGCUGCAGCGGCAAACAAUUUAUUUCAUACACACAUGUGAUCCAAGUCGUAUUGUAGUUAGCCUAGCUUAAAUUAAAUAUUAACUAGCCUUCAUUCCAUUUGCAAAACUUCACAAAUGACACCAGCUGAAAACUGACAUUGCACCAAGAGAUUAAUCAUUCGAGAAUGCAAAUGAAAAGGCAAAAAAAAUAUUCAAAGCAAGUGA